AUGAUGGUAACAUGUCUCGUGCAAAUCAUUGGAGCAGUCAUUCAGGUGACCAGUCAUUCGUCGGCUCAGUUUAUAGUCGGCCGUAUCUUGAUCUACUUGGCUGUUGGAUUGGUGGAAAAUGUUGUGCCAACAUACGAGUCAGAGAUUUGCCCAGCGCCUUUGCGAGGUUUCUGUGUUGGAUCAAUUCAACUGUUCUUAACAUUCGGCUCCCUCAUAGCCGGAAUUGCGAACCAGUAUUUGUCCAAGUACAGCUCUGAUGCAGGUUGGAUGAUCGCGACUGGUGUCCAAGGAGUACCCGCCGUCAUUAUUCUCGCCGGGCUUCCUUUUACUCCUAAUUCACCGCGCUGGCUCAUUUCCAAAGGUCGCCGAUCCGAAGCACUGAAGGCUCUGCAGCGGAUCCGUAAUAAGCAAGCCAACGAUAGUGGCCUCUGUGAGCUUGAAAUUGUUGCCUUGGAAAGCUCAGAUAACAACAGUGAGAAGGCACCAUGGUCUGCACUUUUCAACUCUGCGAACAGACGCCGUACAUCUAUUGCCUUGGCCAUCAUGGCUCUACAGCAGCUCACGGGUGUCACCUUCAGCAGCUCCUAUGGACCCACCUUCUACAAGAAGGUCGGACUAGGAGACAUGGCAUUCACAUAUGCAGCAAUCAACAACGGUGUCUCUGUUGUGACGGCCAUGAUCGGAAUGAUUCUCUUUGACACAUUUGGAAGACGUGACGUUACUUUCCAUGGAUGUUGGCUCCAAACAGUCUUCCUCUGCUUGAUUGGCGGACUCGGCUCGAAGCCUCACCGAACAACCGGUGACACUAACGGCUUGGUCGCAUCUUUUAUUCUGUAUGCUGCGGUGCUACACGCUACGUUGGGCCCCUCUGCAUACAUCACGGCUGCAGAGGUGGGAACUGCGACUUUGAGAGAGAAGACUAUGGCAAUUGCCACAGCUUUCAAUGUUGUGGUUGGGUUCGUGGUCGUUUAUACCACCCCAUACCUUCUCUCCACCCCAGGCGCUAAUCUCGGUGCCAAGCUUGGGUAUAUCUGGGCAGGAUUUGCCGGUGUUGGUGCUAUAUGGGUUUGGUUUUUCAUGCCAGAGCUCAAAGGAAGAGGGCUUGAGGAGAUUGAUGAACUGUUUGCAGCAAAGCUGCCUGCGUGGAGGUCAAAGAAGUUUGUUGGAUCGGGUCUUGGUGGCGCUGUUGCCAAUAGCAAGGAGGAUGCGAUGCAGAAAGAGCAGGUGGAAGAGGUUGAAAAAGUCUAG